UAGAGAAGAUGGACGCGGCUUACAAGAGAGUCAACGGGAGUUCCGGGCAGGACGGCGAGCCGGAGCAGCGCGACAAAGGGAGGCGGCGCGGCUCCAUGUACCUGGAAGAGGAAACCAGCAAGAAGAGCGAAGUCGUCUCCUGCAUCUUCUCGCUGAAGGAGGAGGUGGGCGCCUUGGCCCGAGCGCUGCGACUCUUUGAGGAAAAGGGCAUCAACCUGACGCACAUCGAGUCGCGGCCGUCCCGCGUCAGCAAGGAGCAGUACGAGUUUUUCAUCAGCGUGGACUCGAGCUGCUCGCAGGCGCUGGACGACGUCAUCGACAGCCUGCGCACGCAGAUCAGCGGCCAGGUGCACGAGCUGUCGCGCAACAAACAGAAGGACACCGUGCCGUGGUUCCCCAACGACAUUCAGGACUUGGACCGCUUCGCCAACCAGAUCCUCAGUUACGGCUCAGAGCUGGACGCCGACCACCCGGGCUUCACAGACCCCGUGUACCGGGCCCGCAGGAAGGACUUUGCCGACAUCGCCUACAACUACAGACAUGGCCAGCCCAUCCCUCGGGUGGAGUAUACAGAGGAAGAAAAAGCCACAUGGGGUACUGUUUUCAAGGAGCUUAAGACCCUGUACCCGACCCACGGGUGCCGCGAACACAAUAGAGUCUUCCCCCUGCUGGAGAAGUACUGCGGCUACAGGCAGGACAACAUCCCGCAGCUGGAGGACGUGUCCCGCUUCCUGCAGUCAUGUACCGGUUUUCGACUUCGCCCGGUAGCCGGCUUGCUCUCCUCCCGGGAUUUCCUUGCUGGCCUCGCCUUCCGCGUCUUCCAUUCCACACAGUACAUCCGCCACGGCUCCAAGCCCACGUACACUCCUGAGCCUGAUAUCUGCCAUGAGCUACUGGGGCAUGUCCCGCUCUUUGCUGAUUCCAGUUUUGCUCAGUUCUCCCAGGAGAUUGGACUCGCUUCUCUUGGUGCCCCGGACGAGUACAUCGAGAAACUUGCAACGGUCUAUUGGUUCACCGUGGAGUUCGGGCUGUGCAAGCAGGGCUCCGAGACCAAAGCAUUCGGAGCAGGCUUGUUGUCAUCGUUCGGAGAGCUGCAGUACUGUCUGACGGACAAGCCCAAACUGCUUCCCUUUGACCCCGAGAAGACCUGCGUCCAGAAAUAUCCUAUCACAGAGUACCAGCCCGUUUACUUUGUCGCUGAGAGCUUCGAGGACGCCAAAGACAGAGUCAGGAAGUUUGCUGGCACCAUUCCUCGGCCUUUUACUGUGCGCUACAACCCGUACACCCAGAGCGUGGAGGUGCUGGACAACACCCAGCAGCUCAGCAACCUGGCCAACAGCAUCAAGAGCGAAAUGGGGAAACUAUGCGAAGCUCUGCAAAAACUGGAGUGACCAGACAGCCUGAAGCUUAUUCUACUUGUAUAUUACUUUUGGAUUAAAACAAACAUUAUUGGGAUACAGUCAAGGAUAUUCUGUUUUAGUUUAGUGAAAUGUAUCGCCUCAAGAUGUCAGCAAAGUCUAAUGUGUUAUUCUGUUAGUACCCUAAUGGAUACUAAGACAUGAUUUCACAAUUAUGUAAGACUCGUAUCAUUUGAUAACCAU